AUGACUGGACUAUGUUGCACAAAAACCGGAAAUGAGUGGUCUCAAGCCUGUGGUGGAUUGGCGGCACUCGGCUCGUGCUUAAACGGUUCCUGCUCGGCUGGUGUAUGUACCGCGUCAAACUACUGUUGUGAGUGUCCUGUUGGCAGAAGUGGUGGACGUUGUAGAAACGGGCUUUGCCCUGCAGGCUAUAGCUGUCAUUCGACCGGAUUCUGCUGCCCGUCCUGCCCGAAUAAUGUGAUGCCAUUUGGUGCCUGUCUAAAUGGCGCUUGUGGAGGUGGAAAGAGAUGUUGUCCUGGUAAUAUUUGCUGCUGA